AUGGAGAAAGAGGCGUCCGAAAACUCAAUGCUAGCCGACCCAGCACUACUGGAUAAGAUCGACAAAUUGUUCGCCUGCAACGUGGGUCAGCACAUUGCUCUCCCACAACUAGUAGUUGUGGGCGAUCAGUCCAGUGGAAAGUCCUCGGUCCUUGAAGGCCUUACCCAGCUCCCCUUUCCACGCGAUAGCGGACUUUGCACUCGGUUCGCCACACAAAUUAUUUUUCGCAGAGAUAGAGGCUUAUCGACUCGCAAAGUCAGUGCCUCUAUCAUCCCAGCUUCCGACUCAGAUCCCGACCGCCCUGCUAGACUUAGAGCAUGGCACACUGAGAGCAUCGGCAGCUUGGAGCCAAGUCACUUUUCCACAGUCAUGCAAGAAGUCCACGAAUUUAUGGGAGUCGCUGGAAACUGUGCUCUGUCGACAUUCUCUAAAGAUGUCCUCUGCUUGGAGAUCAGCGGGCCAGAAGAGGAUCAUCUGAGUGUGAUCGACGUGCCUGGAAUCUUCAAAAAUACUACUGCGGGGCUAACUUCUAAAUCUGAUAUUGCUGUGGUCAGAGAUAUGGUGGAAACAUACAUGAAGAACCCUCGGUCUAUCAUGCUUACUGUGGUUCCUGCCAACGUUGAUAUCGCUACUCAGGAAAUCAUCGAGAUGGCCCGCGAGUAUGAUGCAGAAGGGGAGAGGAGCAUUGGAGUUCUCACAAAGCCAGACUUGGUAGAUAGGGGAGCUGAAGAUAAGGUCCUUGACCUUGUUGCGGGGAACAAGUUAUUUCUUCGGCAUGGUUGGAUAGUAGUCCGCAACUUAAACCAACAAGAGCUGACGGACAGGGAGACUGACCGUGAUGAGGCAGAAGAGGCUUUCAGUCGGCAGGCACCUUGGAGCACUAUUGCUAAAGAUAAGUUUGGCAUCAAGUCCUUGAGAUCUCGUCUCCAAGAAAUUGUUACUGAGAAUGCACGACGGGAGUUUCCUUUGGUCCGGUCGGAAAUCAGCAAGAGGCUGAAGGAAGCCAAGAGCUUCUUAAAGGCUCUUGGUAACGAGAGAGAGACGCCAGAACAGCAAGCAGGUUUUCUGUUAGACAUUAUGAACAAAUUCCAAGAAAUCACUUCCCAAGCGCUGAGCACGAACUACGGAGAGAAUGAUAUCUUCGACGAACAUAUGGACCUUCGACUUGCCACUAGGAUUGUCACCCGAGACACGGCAUUUGCCAAAGAUCUUGAGCGAUAUGGCCAUGAGUACAACUUUGAUACUAGUGGCACAGAGAGUCCGGAUUCAUCUAACACAAAGUCUACGACAGCGCCUUCAGACGAUUCGGGGGAUAUGAACGAAUUCCUCACUCGAAAGACCAGUAGCAUACCAGAGCUUAAGGAUGUCGUUACCCAGCAGACCUGGGAAUCUUUUCCUUCUGACAGUGAUAUCUACGAGUGGCUUAAGGAGCUAUACCAAUCAUCUCGUGGUUUCGAGAUUGGCACGUUCAGCGCGUCGUUGCUUGCUACUAGUAUGAAAAAGCAAUCAGCAAAAUGGCCUGACUUUGCUAAGGGGUACAUCAGUGAUGUGAUUACAAUUGUCCAUGGAUUUAUCGUUAAGGCACUAGAGAUUGCCUGUGUGGACAAACGCGUAUUCAACCACCUUCUUUCAAUCAUGAUGGACAAUCUUUUGGACAAGUACCAGCGUGCCCUGACACAAGUCGACUUUCUGCUCCAUGUGGAACGUAACCAGGCACCCAAGACACUCAAUCACUAUUUCAAUGAAAAUCUCCAAAGAUUCCGCCAGGAACGCCAGUGUUCUAAGCUUAAAAGUAAAGUCAUCAACAACAGCUAUGGUGGAGAGGUCAUUCGACUGGAAGACCUUACUGUGCUAAAUCACAUGAGCAACACUGAAUACACCGUUCACGAUAUUCAUGAUAUUCUCGAGUCUUAUUAUAAGGUAGCUCGGAAACGAUUCGUGGACAACAUUUGCAUGCAGGCAGCAGACUAUCAUCUCGUCACUGGGCCAGAGACCCCAUUCAAGCUUUUCUCGUCCUCUUUGGUCAACAGACUGUCUAGGGAUGAGCUUAAGGACAUAGCUGGCGAGGAUGCGUCCACUGUACGUCAACGAAUUAACCUGAAGAAGACAAUCAGGGAGCUCGAAGAGGGAAGUGGUAUAGACAAAGGAUAA